GCACGCACCUUGUAAAGUCACACAGCACGCCACACCUUCCAAUAUAGAUAUGACUGCAGGUUAUUCAUAGCUGGACGCCUAACACCUGACGGCACACAAAGCAUGGCAAGAGGUGGACGGGCGGUAAGUCAGGAUUCAGAAAGUCCAAACGAUGAAGACCUGCCAUAUUCAGAUGAUGAGACAGAUGAUGAGCUAGACGGCCCCCAGUCUCCAGGACCAGAGGAAAAUGAAGUCACGACACGUCCUGAACAGGAACAGACAUCCAAAGCUUGCAACUGGAAGGUGAAAGCAAAUGAUCCUAACUUCUGCAAUCAACCCCAAUUCAUGAAGAAACAUCAUAUCUUCUUUAAGAAAAGUAAAUAUGCUAACAAUGCAAUCAAGACAUCCAAAUAUAAUUUUUUUACCUUUCUACCACUAAACCUUUAUGAGCAAUUCAAGAGGAUCGCCAAUGUCUAUUUUCUGUUCCUGCUUAUCCUACAGUUUAUUCCGCAAAUAGGUACAGUGUCAUGGUACACCACCCUAGUACCGCUGGCCAUUGUCUUAGGAAUCACUGCACUCAAAGACCUGUCAGAUGAUAUUUCUCGUCACCAACUGGACAACAAGAUAAAUAACCGAUCAUGUGAAGUUAUAAAAGAUGGAAGGUUUCAAAAGAGCAAAUGGAAUGACAUUUGUGUCGGAGAUAUCAUACGAAUUAACAAGGAUGAAUUUAUUCCAGCAGAUGUUCUGCUCCUCUCCAGUUCUGAACCAAACAGCCUAUGCUAUGUAGAAACUGCUGACCUUGAUGGAGAAACAAACUUGAAGUUUAAAAUGGGCCUAGAAAUAACAGACAAACUUCUCCAAGAAGAAAGGGACCUGGCUGAAUUUGAUGGAAUGGUGGAAUCCGAAGAGCCCAACAACCGUUUGGAUAAGUUUGUAGGCACUUUGUUCUGGAGAGGGUCGAGUUCCAGCCUUGAUAACGAUCAUUUACUACUUCGUGGCUGUAGAAUACGCAAUACCCUCUACUGUGUUGGUCUGGUAAUAUUUGCCGGUGCUGACAGUAAAAUAAUGAGGAACAGUGGAAAGACUGUUUUUAAAAGAACUAAAAUUGAUUAUAUGGUGAACAAGAUGGUGUAUAUGAUAUUUGCAAUGUUGGUCUUGGCAUCAGCUGGUCUUGCCAUUGGGCAAUCAGUGUGGGAAAAUGAUUUAAACACCGGAACUACAUCUUGGUACCUUUAUGAUGGAUAUGAGUACCCUCCAUCUUACAGAGGAUUCCUAAUCUUUUGGGGAUAUAUCAUUGUUCUGAACACCAUGGUGCCAAUAUCUCUCUAUGUAAGUAUUGAAAUGAUUCGACUGGGACAAAGUAUCUUUAUUAACCAGGAUUUACAAAUGUACUACCCAAAGAAAGACACAGCCGCCAAAGCCAGGACAACAUCGCUAAACGAACAGCUAGGGCAGAUUGAGUACAUCUUCACCGACAAGACUGGCACACUGACACAGAACAUCAUGACGUUUAAAAAGUGUUCCAUUAAUGCAAAGACUUAUGGUGAACCAAAACCAGCAACUGGAAAACUAGUAGGUGGCAGCGCGCAAGUGGACUUCAGUUGGAAUCCUCUGGCUGAUCCCAGCUUUACUUACAAUGACAAGAACUUAGUUGACCAAGUCCGGUCAGGAAGUGACCCAUAUGUACGGGAAUUCUUUAAGUUGCUUGCUUUGUGUCACACAGUGAUGGUGGAUAAGACAGAAGAUGGAGAGUUGUGCUAUGAAGCGGCAUCACCGGAUGAAGGAGCGCUGGUGACAGCAGCCAGGAACUUUGGAUUUGUGUUUCUAUCGAGAACUCAGAGUACCAUCACCAUUAGCGAGCUGGGGAAAGAGGUCACAUAUGAACGUCUGGCCAUCCUGGACUUUAACAGUGAUAGAAAACGCAUGUCUGUGAUAGUACGGUUUCCAGAUGGGAAGAUAAGACUUUACUGUAAAGGUGCUGACACCAUCAUAUAUGCUCGGCUGCAUUCGAACAACUCAAUUGAGGGGCCGACUCAGGAGGCGUUAGAUGUGUUUGCCAAUGAGACUCUUAGGACCCUGUGCCUGUGCUACAAGGACAUCAGCCAGGAAGAGUUUGACAUAUGGAGCAAAAGGUAUAAGGCAGCCAGUGUGGCAAUCAACGAUCGUGAAGAAGCUUUGGAUAAAGUAUAUGAAGAGAUUGAAACUGAUCUUGUGUUACUGGGAGCCACAGCAAUCGAAGACAAGUUACAGGACGGAGUGCCAGAGACUAUCUACACUUUGGCAAAAGCAGACAUAAAGAUCUGGGUUCUAACCGGAGACAAGAAAGAAACGGCAGAAAACAUUGGCCUAGCCUGUAAGCUUAUAACAGACGAUUCUGUUGUAACCUAUGGAGAAGAAGUCAACACUUUAAUACAGAGACGAAUAGACCGUCAGAAGACUUCUGAGAAUUCAGUUGAAUUGCGUAGACUUAAUGAGCUUGAUGCCCAGGCUAACAAAAGACGUACAUUAAUUAUAACAGGAUCAUGGCUGAAUGAAAUCCUCUUGGAAAAGAACAAGAAAAAAAGACGGCGCCUUAAACUGAAAUUUCCCAGAAGCACAGUGCAAAGGCAGAAUGAUCUGGAGGAGAAAAAAAAAAUAAUCGCAUUGAAGGAGGAGCGACAGAAGUACUUUGUGGACCUGGCGUGCGAGUGCAGCUCAGUCAUCUGCUGCAGAGUGACCCCCAAACAGAAGGCCAUGGUGGUAGACCUGGUAAAGAAGUACAAGAAGGCCAUCACCUUAUCCAUCGGAGAUGGUGCCAAUGACGUCGGCAUGAUAAAGACUGCCCAUAUAGGUGUUGGUAUCAGUGGACAGGAAGGUAUGCAAGCGGUGAUGUCCAGUGACUACUCCUUCGCUCAGUUCCGAUACCUACAGAGGCUGCUCCUGGUCCACGGUCGCUGGUCCUACAUCCGUAUGUGCAAGUUCCUCAGUUAUUUCUUCUACAAGAACUUUGCUUACACAUUGGUGAACUUCUGCUUUGCCUUCUUCUGUGGAUUUUCUGGGCAGACUGUGUAUGAUACCUAUUUCAUUACUCUCUACAACCUGCUAUAUGCCAGUCUUCCCGUUAUUGUUGUUGGCCUGCAGGAUCAGGAUGUCAGUGACAAGGUGAGCAUGCAGUGCCCGUGCCUCUAUAUUCCGGGACAGAAAGGUCAACUGUUCAACUACUGGAAGUUCUUCCUAAGUCUGCUCCAUGGCGCGUUGACAUCUGUUGCCAUCUUCUUCAUCCCGUAUGGAGCUUUCUGGCAAAUGGUAAAAGAGGAUGGACAAGUGAACUCGGACUAUGAGACAUUUGCCUUCACCACUGCCACUACCCUUGUUAUCAUUGUAAAUUUCCAGAUUGCAAUCAUAAUGGCGUACUGGAGCUUUUUAUUUGCCUUUUCAGUGAUUGGAUCCAUCAUAGUAUACUUUUCAAUUACAUACGACUUACACAGUGAGGGAAUGCAUCAGAUCAUUACUUCAACCUUGACAGGGGUGAUCAACAAUGCUUUAAGACAACCCUAUAUCUGGUUAAUCAUCAUUCUAGCUACUGGCAUAUGUCUUCUUCCUGAGAUGGCAGUGAGGUUUUUGUGGAAGCUAGUCAAGCCUUCUGAGAGCGACAAGGUUGCUAGAAAUCCAGAGAAGUACAGAGUGAAAGAACCUCUAAAACAAGAAACAGCCGGCACAAUCCAGCGCAACACCUCCCUUCGCCGUUCGGCGUAUGCCUUCUCCCACCAGAAAGGGUACGGUGACCUCAUCUCCACCGGGCGCAGCAUAAGAAGAAGAAAGCCGGCACUUAGCGGAGUGUCAGAAAACAGCGAAGAAACAAGUGCAUCACCUCAACAUAGCUAAUAUAAAGACUAUACAUGGAAGGCGAAGAGUGCAAAGUGUGUUAGUAUGGGCAAUUUACAGAGAGGGGAACCCUUUUUAUAGAGUGCACAGAGCAAGCUGCCCAGUAAAAGUGCAUGUACAUUCGUUUUAUGUAAAUCGGCCAAAAAAAAUAUGUAUUUUUAAGCUGUAUCCUGACUUGGGCAUACUGUAUGGCCCGGAUUCAGAAAGGACUUUUACGACGGCGUAUCUCCAGAUACGCCGUCGUAAGUCCAAAUGCGCGC